AUGGCAUUCACACCGUUGAACUACCUCAUAAACGUGGCGUUGGCUAUUUGCCUUGUGCAACUCAGUGUCGGGCUAAGUGUCUCGAGCUACACCAAGCCUAGUCAGGAAGUUGGGCUGCGGCUGAAGGAGUAUGCCGCGAAGAAGUAUCCGGGAUACCCGCAUGAGUAUGGAUUCGGCCACUACUACCAGGGUGACAUCCUGCUGAGACCGGCCAAGGAUAACCGCAUCGCCGUUACCAGUCCACUAAAAAUUGAUUAUUGGACCGGCGGCAUAGUGCCCUAUGUGAUCCAAGCCAACUUCACCGAUGGAGAAAUGCAAACUCUGCAGGCCGCUUUCGCACAGUAUGCUGAGAAGACCUGCAUUCGGUUUAUACCGCGCACCACGGAAUUACAGUACGUGACGAUCUCGAAUAGGCCCGAAGGAUGCUAUUCAUACGUUGGACGUAGCCCCGAUCCGGACUACAACCAGCUCAACCUCCAAACUCCCGCCUGUAUGGAAAAUGUCGGUACGCCAGUGCACGAAAUGAUGCAUACGCUCGGAUUCCUGCACGAACAGUCACGCCCUGAUCGCGAUCUUUACCUUGAUUUCUACCCCGAAAACUUGCGCUCGGAGUACCAAGAUCCUAUCUUCAUUGAGGUUAACUUUGGCAAGUAUGAAGGGCCUUAUGGUACUAGCUACAAUGUGCCAUACAAUUAUAAAAGUGUGAUGCAUUAUUCGCGUCUUGCCGGUGCUGCUUCGUUCAUGAAUCCGGUGCUGACCAACAAGAAGCCAUUCUUCGGCGACUUUGGCAGUGACGCUGGACUGACGGAGGGUGAUGUGAAACAGCUGUUGGCCCGCUAUUGCAAGAAAUAA